AUGGAAGAGGCGUGUCCGAUCUGUUCGCGGAGCUUCCCGGUGAAGUUCCUCGAGCGGCAUGUGAACUCGUGUCUCGACACGCUCGAGGUCGAUACCUCGGAGCAGGAGAUCCAGCCUUCGAGCCCCACCGCCACGCAGAAUGGCGAGCAGAAAUCCCAAGACGUGUUUGCGGCGCUUGGCCUCAAGGCCGACUCGCGCAGGCCGGCGGCCGACAAGGCGAAAAAGGGAAGCGCCACUUUGACCAGCAUUCUUCUAGCGGAGAAACGGUUGAAGCGGCGGCAGGAGGACCUUGAGGAGCGCGUCCGCAAGAGGCACGCCGCCCAGACAGGCCCCGAAACUGGAGGCGGUCUGCACAAUGGACAGAAGAGCACCGUCACCGAAAUCCCCGCCACCCCGGCGUCCCCGCACGCCCGAGAUCUGGACCCGGGCACCAAGCCCGAACAGCGGUGGAAACACGAGUUCAUGCGGCUCAAGCGAGAAGCCGAUCUUCCCUUGGCCCAGAGACUACGGCCCAAGUCCCUCGGUGAUUUCUAUGGCCAGGAGAAGCUCGUGGGAGAAAACGGCAUUUUGCGCAAUCUCGUGGCCGCCAGCCAGAUCCCAUCGUUCAUCUUGUGGGGGGUCCCGGGGGUAGGCAAGACCUCUCUUGCGCGGAUCAUCUCGCUGACAUGCAACCACAAGUUCAUGGAGCUUUCCGGGUCCGACAGCAACGCCAAGAAACUCAAGGAGGCCUUUGCGGCAGCACAGCACGAGAAACUGUUGACCGGGCAGAAAACAAUUCUAUUCUUGGACGAAAUCCACCGCUUCAACAAGGCCGUGCAGGAUCUCCUCCUCCCGGUCAUUGAGAACGGCACGGUCACGGUGAUUGGCGCCACCACGGAAAACCCCUCGUUUUCCUUGAACAACGCGUUGCUCUCCCGAAUGCAUACCUUUGUCAUGGAGCCACUCCCGCACGAGGCGCUCGUGAAGAUUCUCAACAAGGGGCUUUUGUUGCUAAACCGCACGAGGAAAAUCGUCCAUGGGCUCCAUCUCAUUGCCAUGAACAAAGACAGCGUGGACUACAUCGCGAGCUUGAGCUCAGGCGACUCCCGCGUGGCCCUAAAUAUUCUCGAAUCCGUCAACGCAUACUUGUCGGGAUUGCAGUUCAAAGCAUUCCCGGAGAAAGACCCCGAGCGGGAAAAGUUCGACUUGCUGCCACAAAUCGGCGUGGUGCAAGUCACGCUUGACAAGUUGAAGCCAUUGCUCAGCACGCGCAACUUCCACCAGAUGUACGACAAAACAGGCGACAACCAUUACGACACAAUCAGCGCGUUUCACAAAUCUGUGCGGGGCUCCAAUGCCGAUGCUGCGGUAUUCUACUUGGUGAAAAUGCUUCGGGGCGGCGAGGACCCCUUAUUCAUAGCCCGCAGAAUGAUCGUCAUCGCCAGCGAAGACGUAGGGCUCCGCGAUUCCUCGUGUCUUCCCUUUGCCAUUGCAACCAUGGAGGCUAUUCAGUUUGUUGGCAUGCCUGAGGGCGAGAUCAUUCUAGCGCAUUGUGCGGUCAAAUUGGCGCGAGCUCCCAAGUCCACCAAGUCAUAUCGAGCCUUGCGCAAAGCACAGGGCCUUUUGAGUGACGACCCCGAAAUCUGCAAAUUGCCCAUUCCCAUACAUCUCCGGAAUGCGCCCACCAAGCUAAUGAAAGACUUGGGAUAUGGCGACACGUACAAAUAUAACCCAAACUUCAAACACGGCAUGGUGAAGCAAGAAUACUUCCCUCCCGAAAUUCGUGAUGCAUGCUUUGUCGAUGAUACGCAUCUAGGCACGGCGAUGGAUGAGGAAGUUCGACCGGAAGAGUACGCAGGGGCGGAUGAAGAAGCGAACGAUUAUCAGAGGUUCAAAGAUACCAGACGUCAAGAGCUGGCGCGGAAGUUGGUCGGGCGGAAAGAGCUGGCCAAACUCCAGAAGGUAUCCGAUCGUUUGGGGCUUUUGUCCUCUCCGGUCGAGAGGUUGGCCAGUUAUGAUGAAAACUUGAGCAAGGAAGUUCAGCCCGAGUACUUUGAUGGCACGGAUCAUGUUUCUGAAGCGGAUGAAGCUGAUUACGAUAUCGCAGAUUGCACCUAUGACGAGUUCAUGAAAGGGAUCUGA